GUGUGAGUGAGGUGAGAGUGAAGAUCAAGAAAAGAAAAAAAGAAAAAUGAUCAUAGAGACAGAGGAAGUAAGGAGCUGUGAAGCCUUGCCUCUCCUCUCUUUGAAUCAUGUCUCCAUAUUGGUUAGAUCAGUGUUGACUUCCGUAAGGUUCUAUGAGGAUGUCUUGGGCUUCUUUCUCGUUAAACGCCCUUCAUCUUUUAAUUUCCAUGGAGCAUGGUUGUACAACUAUGGCGUUGGGAUUCACUUACUUGAGAAUGAGGCCAUCGAUGAGUAUGACACUCUUGAUUCGUCGCGGCCCAUCAAUCCCAAGGAUAACCACAUAUCUUUUCAAUGCACCGAUGUGGGACUCGUCAAGAGGAGGCUGAAAGAAAUGGGAAUGAAGUACGCAACAGCUGUGGUGGAGGAAGGAGGGAUCAAGGUGGAUCAGGUGUUCUUCCAUGACCCAGAUGGGUACAUGAUAGAAAUAUGCAACUGUGAGAACCUCCCAAUCCUUCCUAUCUCUUCCUGCCCCUUCGAGCCCAAGGAUGGAAACUACGAGAACAUCGCAGCAAGUCAGUGCGGUUUCAUGGAGACUAUGAUGAUGGAGAGAUUGAGCAUGGAUAUGAUGAACUUUUCUUUCUAAACUGUGAGAGGGGGUGAAGUGAACUUUUCUACUUUCAAAUGUUAAUUUUGUUACAAAGCUCUUUCAUUUCCAGUUCUUGGUAUAUUCAGGGGAAGAAUUUAAAAUGGUAGAUGUGGCAAAUGUAAUAAGAUGUCAGAAUACAUGGAUUUCGGAUUUGUUUUGUACCUGUACACAAAAAUGUUGGCUUUGAUUUGUGCAAUUGAAAACUUCAACAAGUACUAA